GAGGGAGGGGCGGGCGGAGGGCGUGGGGAGGCGAGCGCGGGGCUGCACAGGCCCAGGCCCCCGUUCCUCCCUUCUCGCUCGCUCGCUCGCUCGCUCCCUUCCUCGCCCGCCAUGCCGCUUCUCUUCCUGGAGCGCUUCCCGUGGCCCAGCCUGCGCAGCUACGCCGCCCUCAGCGCCUUGGCCCUCCUCGGCAGCGCCCUCAGCGCCUACCGCGCCCUCGCAGGGGAAGCCGGGCGGGAGGAUCAGGAAACACCGGGGCGCCAGCAGGCCUCUGCGGAGACACCGGGCCCCAGCGCGCUCGACGUCGCUGCCUUCCUGCUCUCCGACAGCCUCUGCGUCUGGGUGCUGGUGAAUACGGCAUGCUGUAUUUUGAUGCUCAUUGCUAAACUGAUACAGGGAAUCGUGUUUGGCUCUCUCCGCGUCAGCGAAAGGCAGCAUCUCAAGGAUAAGUUUUGGAAUUUCAUCUUUUACAAGUUCAUCUUUAUUUUUGGAGUACUCAAUGUCCAGACGGUCGAAGAAGUGGUCAUGUGGUGCCUCUGGUUUUCAGGCCUCGUAUUUUUACAUCUCAUGGUUCAGCUCUGCAAAGACCGGUUUGAAUAUCUCUCCUUCUCCCCCACCACCCCCAUGAACAGCCACAUCCGGGUCCUGACCUUGCUGGUCGCCAUGCUGCUUUCUUGCUGCGGCCUUGGCAUCGUGUGCGGCGUUAUCGGCUAUACCCAUGGGAUGCACACGUUAUCCUUCAUGGCUGCAGAGUCCCUCCUUGUCACCGUGAGAACAGUGCAUGUAAUUCUGCGUUACGUCAUUCAUCUCUGGGAUCUCAACCACGAAGGCACCUGGGAAAGCAAGGGAACGUACGUUUAUUACACGGAUUUCAUCAUGGAGUUAACGCUUCUGUCGCUGGACCUGAUGCAUCACAUUCACAUGCUGCUGUUUGGCAACAUCUGGCUGUCAAUGGCCAGCUUGGUGAUCUUCAUGCAGCUGCGUUACCUGUUCCAUGAGGUUCAGCGCAGGCUUCGCCGCCACAAGAACUAUCUCCGAGUUGUUGGAAAUAUGGAAGCCAGAUUUGCGGUGGCAAGUCCCGAAGAGUUGGCUGCAAACAAUGACGACUGCGCCAUUUGCUGGGAUGCCAUGCAGGCUGCGCGCAAACUCCCCUGUGGGCAUCUCUUCCAUAACUCAUGCCUGCGCUCCUGGCUUGAACAAGAUACAUCCUGCCCCACGUGCAGAAUGUCUCUCAACAUCACCGACACCCACCAGGCACGGGAGGACCACCAACGAGAGAACAUGGACGAAAACCUGGCUCCUGUGGCCGUGGCAGAAGGCAGGACGCACCUCAACCAGCACAAUCACUUCUUCCACUUCGAUGGCUCCCGAAUUGCCAGCUGGCUGCCCAGUUUCUCCGUGGAGGUAAUGCACACAACCAAUAUCCUGGGCAUCGCGCAGGCAAGCAACUCUCAGCUUAACGCCAUGGCCCAUCAGAUUCAGGAGAUGUUUCCCCAAGUCCCUUACCACCUCAUUCUGCAAGAUCUCCAGCUGACACGUUCGGUGGAAAUAACAACAGACAACAUAUUGGAGGGGCGCAUCCAGGUGCCUUUCCCAACACAGCGUUCCGACAGCAUCAGGCCAGCUUUGAACAGCCCCUUAGAAAGGCACAGCACCGACCAGGAGGAUACAGAGGAACUUACUCAGCCUGAGAGAGUCCCACUGGAGCUCAAUUCGCGGCUAGAAGAAAUGGCCGAAUUCAACGAGAUGGAAGCCGAGUCCCUCGAGACGGAAGACUUUGAAGUGCGAGGAAGCCGCUUCUCCAAGUCAGCCGACGAAAGGCAGCGGAUGUUAGUCCAGAGAAAGGAAGAUCUGCUGCAACAAGCCCGCAGGCGUUAUCUCAACAAAACUGACGACGACGAUGUCAGCUUGUCCUCUGACUUCUCCCCGCAGACCGCCGGAGGGGCGUCUGACCCGGUCACUUUGCGCCGGCGGAUGUUGGCCGCGGCGGCCGAGCGGCGCCUUCAGAGGCAGCACCCGUCGUAACGCUCUGGGCCUCCUCCUGUUCCGACCAUUGACCCCAUUCAUUUUGGCUCCUUCUCCCAGUGAGGAGCGGCAUCGUCUCUUCGGAGCGGGGCCAGCUGUGCUGAGGACAAAGGAGCUGGCUGCUUCUUCUCUGUAUAAAAAAGCAUGUGAUACCUAAUAAGUGUUUGGACAGCUGACAAAUUAACCUUUUUUCUGGGUAUUAUUCUUUCCCACACUUAGAGAGAGACACACACACUUCCCCUACGGCAAACAAAAAGACCGAGAGACCUCAGGGUCUUAUUCUGCUUAAUGUGAAUUGUAGGGGACUGUGGUUGACGAUCGCUGUCUUCCUUGGCUGCUUUUAAGCCAGUAUAUCCACCUUAAAGCUCUUUCAAAAGUAAAAGGAAGGAAGGAAACCUCACUGCGGAGCUGUUACGCAUCUUCCAGAUAGAUACUUAAGGUUUUUGCAGGGUGUUUUAGAUGAGAUUGGGUUUGCUUAAGUGUUUGGAGAGCCAGUAUAACUUUCACGAGGAAGCACAAGGACGAGAAAAGGUUUCCUUUGCAAAGUUGCAAAGCUGUCGCCAAUCUUCCAGAAAAUACUUUUUUAUUUUUUAAGGUUUUUGCAGGCUGUUUUAGAGGUUGGUUUCUUUUCUAAGUAUUAGGAGAGCCUGGAAGUCAAAACACCAGCAGCAGGAAUGAAAAGAAAAAAGGUGAAUGCAACAUUCGCGAAGCAAAAGUGUCGGUUUCGGCAGCUUGAGCGUUCCUGGAGGCCAGCUUGUAGUUUUCUUUCAUUGCGGAGAAAAAUAAGAAUACGGGACGCGAGCCUAGCGACGUUAGGCUUCUUAAUCCAGCAUUUGAAGUGAUUCAUAACAAAAGAGUGUUUAGGUUUAGCCUGAAGAGUCCAUCUUAUAGAGAAGGCUCCUAGGAAGGAUGAGAAAAGGCUCCUUAAUAGGAAAGUGAGGGAGGAAGGAGCAUGCAGAAGUAUAUAUUUUUUAAUCUUCCAUUUUGCAAUAAUAAUAAUCCAUUAUGCCCUUUGGGGGCAAAUCCGGCAGAGAGAUCCAAGAGCAUUGGCGGCUAUUAGACAUUAGUCUAGGUGUGAUCACGCUUUUUGUGUGGAGUAGAUGUGUUACAAGACCUUUUUUGGUCUUAGGAUGUGUCAAUGAGUUUUACGAUGGUGGUCAAUGCAUUUUUAAGUGUUUUCGGCGAGUAUCAUUGUCCUUCCAAAGGUGCCCAGUGUUGGAAAAAAAAGAAAUGGGAAAUCUUUUUACUGCAACUUUGCAGGACUUUGAAGGUGAAGAUAAGAAAACGAUGAAUUGUGUGUUUAAGUGAAGAUAACUCAUUUCGAGAGAUCCCUUUUGGGAAGCCUUACCUUGCGAUGCUGGUAGUAAACUUUGAAGAAAAAGGAGAAGGAGAAAAAGAAGACUGUCUUCUUUUGUGAUUCAGUUUUGCUCAGAGCACAGCUCUCUGUUUAUAUUGUUUAAAAAAAUAAUAAAAUUCUUGAUCAGUGUUGGA